CAAACCAAGGAAAUCUCACAUCAGCAGUCGACGCGGCACGGCAUGCGUUGUUGGAUUGACUUGUGUUGAGUGUGUAUAACAUUUUCAGCAGAUAUGGAUUUUACAGUUUUGACUGAAAUAUCAAUGAAAAUGUGAAUAUUGUACCUUGUGAUUGUUAUUGACGUGCCCUUUAGCUUACCUUAUUGGAUAAGAAAGUUUGACCAAUAAAAUGGACUGAGUGGCGAGAAAGAUGACAGUUUUACUGUAUGAUUAUUGUGAACUGGAGGAGCGGACGUCGAAGAGCCUGAAGGUUUGGAAAGCAUGGCACAUGAUAUUGUACAUCUUGGCUGCCAUCUUUGGGCUCGUCAACUACACUCUCUUACACAAAUCAAUGGAACUAGUCAGCGACAACUGCAUACUUUUCCCGCGAGUUCUAGAAUUCCACAUGGUGGAGUACGUUGAUGUCUCGCAAGUUAUUGAACCUAACAUGGAGGGACAAGAUGCUCAGAAAAAUGCAACUAUAACCGUCCAGAAUAACAGUACAGAUGGAAAAAUUACGAAAAGAGAGACGGAAACUAGUAAAGAGUUUGAAUCUUCUGAAGGAAAAUACAACGGCACUAUUAUGACAGGAAACGUGACCCAUCGAGUGGCGCUGGACACCGCCCGCACCCUGUAUGGAGAAGACGGCGCAUGUCAGUUCGCGGAGUACAUGCCCGUGCUGUCGACCGUGGUGGCUGCCGUCUGGUUGACAUUCUUCACCAUGUGUUCCAGUGGAGGACGCGCCAGGACUGGGUUGUCGCAGCCCUGGCGGAUCCUGGCGCCGGCGCUGGUCUUCUCCCUGUUGAUGGUGGGGCUCACCGGGUAUAGCUUCACACUCACCAAUGGCGGCGUGCAAGCCUUCUGCGCCGAUUUCCAGGAAUACACCAAUUCUACUAAUUGUUCCCCCGUGAAUGACUUCCUGCAAGCCGGCUGGAAUGCCACUUGGGGCUUCGGCUCGCGCGUGGAGGCCACGCGCGCGGCCAGCGCUGGCGUGUGGGCGAGCUGGGCGUGUGCGGCGGCUCUCUUCCUGGCGCGGUGCCUCACUGCUCCAGACUUCCAGGUCGUCAGGUCCAAGGUGUAUGUCACUAGCGACCCAGACCAGAAAAUAACUCCGUUCCUCAAAAAACCACCAUCGCGUAGUUCGCACCGCUCGAACCGCAGUUCGCCGAGCAAGCGCGACAACAUGUCCGUUCGCUCCGAGCCCACCGCCAGCACCGAACUGGCCACCGUCACCGUGGAGCCGGGACAGGAUUCCGCGCCCACCUCCUUGCUCGCCACCCCCAGGAAGGAAACCAAUGGAGAAAUGAUCGAAAUGACGUAUACCGACCAAGAGAGAUUUCAAUAAAAGAAGUUAUGAAAAAAAUAACAAGUAUACCUACAUAUGGUCCAUAUUUUAUUAUGACAACUUGUAACGUGUGGCUGUGGAAUAUCGCAAGUUAUGUUGAGCGCGUGCUGUCCAUCCAAUAUCUACAAUGAAAAAAUCAUACGAAAUUUUUUGUAAUAUAUUUACUUAGUAGGUUUAUAAUUAAUGUUACGUGACAUAAAAAUAAAAUGCUGUCUUAUUAGAUUUACAAUUCAAUUGUACAUUUUACAUACUAUAUAAUCAUAAUGCUCAAAAAUAUAAAACGCUCAAUGAUACAUACCUUCCAAUGCGUCAAUAAACGGAGACAAAUUUAUCAAAAGUAAACCUGACGCUGAAGAUUGCUCGAAAAAAUACGUGUGUUCAAUAGAUAAUGGUAAUUUACUGUUUCGCGAUCAGUAUGUAAGAAAAAGGCAAAGGGAAAACUCACAGAUUUAAUUGUGACAAUAGUAAACAGUUCAUUGUAUGACUUUGGUAUGUAAAGUAUUAAACUAUAUCCAUUAUAAGCCAUUCAUUCACAUCUUUUCUAUUGUAAUAAUAAAGCAUCAGAUUAAAACAAA